AUGGAGUUCUCCAGUCGAGCGAGGCAGAGGCAUGCGCGGCUGGCUGGAGACCGGAGGGAGCAGUACCCUCACAGCCUGCAGUUUUACCUGGAGCCCCCCACGGAAAGCAUCUCCCUGGUGGAGUUUGAGAGCUUUGCCAUCGACCGCCUGAGGCUGCUUAAAGUAAUUGAAAAUCUUGGUGUGAGCUAUGUAAGAAGUUCUGAUGCAUACAAAGUUAAGUUAGAGACUGAGCUCCGGAAACUGAAGUUUCCCUACAGAGCUUUGGCUGAGGAUGAUUAUGAGGCAAGAAGAAAAGAUCAUAUCUCUCAUUUCAUACUCCGCCUUGCCUACUGCCAGUCUGAGGAUCUCAGGCGUUGGUUUCUUCAACAAGAAAUGGAUCUCUUCCGAUAUCGCUUCAGUCAACUAACUGAAAGUUUAAUGCAGAAAUUCCUGGAACAUGUUAACUUAUCAUUUGAAGCUAUUAGUGAAGACCUGAAAAAUGAAUUGGCUAAUGAGCUGAGUGUGUCAACCCCUGGCUUCAGUUUGCCUAAAGUAAAAGAACAAAUGUUCUAUAAGGUUGGACUUGCAGAUGCUGUGGAUUUAUUUAGAGCCAGAAGAGUGUUUAUUAAAGAUGGCUUUGCCUAUGUGCCGUUUAAGGAGAUUGAUGUGAUUGUUUUGAAUAACUAUAGAACAAAGUUGUCUAAAGCACUGGCGCUGACAGCACGAUCACUACCUUCCAUACAGUCUGAUGAGAGACUUCAACCUCUGCUUAAUCAUCUCAGCCAUUCUUAUGUUGGUCCAGAUUACAGCGUCCAAAAGAACACCGGAAAAAUUUCUCUAGAUCAAAUUGAUGCUCUCUCUGUGAAGUCGUUCCCUCUGUGCAUGCGGCAGCUGCACAGAGCCCUGCGUGACAGCCACCACCUCCGGCACGGCGGCCGCAUGCAGUACGGGCUCUUCCUGAAAGGCAUCGGCCUGACGCUGGAACAGGCACUGGAGUUCUGGAAGAAAGAAUUUAUCAGAGGAAAAGUGGAUGCAGAUAAGUUUGACAAAGGAUAUGCAUACAGCAUUCGCCACAACUAUGGGCAAGAAGGAAAGAGGACUGAUUAUACCCCAUACAGCUGCAUGAAGAUUAUCAUGUCCAAUCCACCAAGCCAAGGGGAUUAUCAUGGGUGCCCAUUCCGCCACAGUGAUCCCGAGCUGCUGAAGCAAAAGCUGCAGUCAUACAAGAUCCCUCCCAGUGGAAUAGCUCAGGUGCUGGAGCUGGUGAAGGGCAUGCAUUACCAGCUGGCCUGUCAGAAGUACUUCGAGCUGACACAUGAUGUUGAUGACAUUGGGUUUUCUUUGAAUCAUCCUAAUCAAUACUUUACAGAGAGUCAGAAGCUGUUAAGUGGUGGUAGAGAACCGAAGAAGGAAUUCAAUAACUCGGGAAACUUUCAACAAAAAAAUAAUAGUCAGGAAAGCAUAAAUUCAAGUUCUACUCCCACCUCUUCAAAUGCAAAAGAUGAUACAGAACUGGAAGGACUGGAAGCAUACUUCACUGAAGACUAAGCAGCAGUGUUAUUUGUUAUUUUUCUUUUAUUAUUUCCCUUCUCUAGCUGGAUUUGUCUCUGUACUGAGGAAUAUGCACUUCACCACCUGGAAUACAGAAGCAUUUAGUGCUUUUAGAAGGCUGAAAAAACAAAAGAUAAAUAUUGAAGCUGUAAUUGCAUCCAGUAUUUAUUCUUACUGCUUUAGGAAGCUGUUCUAUAGGGUGUGUUUAAGGAUGGGAAAUGACACUUUCUUCACAAUUAUUAGGUAAUUUUUGUCUGACUUACCUUUUUUGUUUUCUUCAAAAAGUUCAAAUAUUUUUAUCCUCUUUUGUGAUCACUUUUCUAUGUAUCAUCUUAAUAAAAAAUUUGCAAAGGUUUUUGUAUUUUCUUUUCAGCUAUAUUGGGAUGGUAAUUAAGUAGGAGUUCUUACGAUCAAAAUUAUCCUCUGGAGGAGUCUGUCUGUCUCUUCUAUAUGAGGAGCUGAGGGAAAUCAGCUUCCUAAUUUGUACCUUGGCACUAAAUUUAGAGAGCUGGUUUUGGUACUUGGAAGAGAACAUAAUCAGAGUUUAGACACCUGUAUGUAAGAAAGUAAUAAAAAAAAGAUACACUACUAACUGACUCAUUAUGAAGAAGCUAGAAGCUUAUUAGCAUGUACUUCUGUGCAGCAGUCAUGCUGAUGUAGGAAGUAGUUUUCUUUCUGUCCAACCUCUAAUCUCAAAUGUAGCCCAGUUCAGUUUGGAGUUGGAUGUUUCAAAAGGAAUGCUGGCCCAAAGCUGGUCAAGUGCGAGCAUCCAAGACAAUAAAACAGUCUCUGACUUCAAAGCCUUUCAAGGUCUAAUGAUGAAGAGGGUGUCACUGUUGGGUGUUCAGCAGAAGGAAGCUGAGGAGCUCCCAAGCUGAGUGAGGCUUUAAGUGCUCUGCUGAGGUGAGGAGUGGCAAGGGGAAUGGCAGGAGCUGCCACCACUGUCACAGCACCCAGUGCAGGAGCUGAUCCACGCGGCCGCACUCCUGAUGCUGAGCACGCUGCAUUCCUUCUCUGCGUGCUUUGGGAGCUUUACUUCAGACUGGUUUUUGUCUUGCACUGUGGCUGGAGUGGUCAGUAACAGGUACAGGAAUGUGCAGGAUGUGCCUUUUGUGCGAGUUCCUUCCAGAAGUGACCCAGUUUGUAUGCAUGCAGACUGGUUGGCAGCGUGAGCCAAAGCAGAGCAAAUGGAGGUGACUUGAGAGAUUGCCUUGAAAGUGGUGAACAUUUCAGACAGUCUUAAGUCCAUGUAAUUUAUCCUGGUUUUGGCUGGGAUAGAGUCGAUUUUCUUCCUGUAGCUGUUAUUUGCUGUGCUUUGGGCUGAGAAUGAGAAUAAGGUUGAUGACGCACAGAUGUUUUAGAUGUUGCUGAGCAGGGUCUACUCUAAAUCAAGGACUUGUCAGUGUUCCAUGCUCUGCCAGGGAGCAGCUGCGCAAGAAACUGUGAGGAAGCACAGUUAGGACAGCUGACCCAAACUGGCCAAAGGGAUAUUCCAUACUGCAGGAUGUCAUGGUCAGUGUGUAGACUGAGGGGAGUUAUUGAGAGUCACCAAAUACUAGUCAGUGUUUGAUGAGCAGUUGUAGUGUGUAUCACUUCUUUCUUACGGGUUUUCUUCCUUUCUGUCCUUUUCAUUACUAUUAUUAGAAUAAUAUGUUUAAAAUUUUUUGUUUCAGUUAUUA